GCCCUAGCGGGGAGAAAGAGCUAUCAACUGCAACGGGCUUGCAGUGAUUGGAGAAACAUCUGACGAUACUGAGGUGCUGCAGGGCAGUCGAAGGAUCGUUUUCUCGUUGGCCACAAAAGCAUGAUGAAAAGAGCUUUGUUGCAACAGCACUCUGAAAUGCAGUAAUGCCAGGACUUUCCCAGGACCUGAUGGAUUUCUGAUACCUUACUCCUGAGGGGCUGGAAGGAGCAUGGUUAAACACCAACCGCUGCAGUACUAUGAGCCGCAGCUAUGCUUGUCAUGCCUGACGGGAAUCUACGGCUGCCGCUGGAAACGGUACCAGCGGUCACAUGAUGACACCACCAAGUGGGAGCGCCUCUGGUUCCUAAUCCUCGCCGCCUCCUUCUUCCUGACGCUGGUCUGGUUUUACUUCUGGUGGGAAGUUCAUAACGACUACAAUGAAAUCAACUGGUUUUUAUAUAACCGAAUGGGAUAUUGGAGUGACUGGUCCAUUCCAAUACUUGUAACAACUGCUGCUGGCUUUACGUACAUUGCAGUGUUAUUGAUACUAGCACUAUGUCACAUAGCUGUGGGACAGCAAAUGAACCUACACUGGCUUCACAAGAUUGGCCUGAUGACGACCUUGAUAACUACCGUGGUGACCAUGUCAUCGAUAGCUCAGCUUUGGGACGAUGAAUGGGAGAUGGUAUUUAUUUCACUUCAAGUAAGUUGUGUGCAGGGAUGCUCUUCUGGAUGGGGAAAGAAAUUGUUUGUUUUUUUUUUUUGCUUUGCCUCAGCUUCUCAGAUGCUGAUGUUCACUGCAUACCUUGCAGUUGUAGUUGCACUUUACCUCGUCCCUCUCACCAUUUCAUCCCCUUGCAUAAUGGAGAAGAAGGCUCUGGGACCAAAGCCGGCCAUUAUAGGUCACCGUGGAGCACCAAUGCUGGCACCAGAAAACACUCUGAUGUCCUUCCAGAAGGCAGUGGAGCAGAAGACAUACGGAGUCCAAGCUGAUGUAGUACUGAGCUACGAUGGAGUGCCAUUUCUGAUGCACGACAAAACACUCAGGAGAACAACGAAUGUGGAGGAAGUGUUUCCAGAGCUGGCCUACGAGCACUCCUCCAUGUUCAACUGGACUGACCUGGAAAAGCUCAAUGCUGGAGAGUGGUUUCUACAGAAUGACCCUUUCUGGACGGCUGGGUCUCUCUCCAAGUCUGACUACUUGGAAGCUGCCAACCAGUCAGUCUGCAAAUUGGCAGAUAUGCUAGAGGUGGUCAAGGACAAUACAUCAGUCAUCUUGAACUUCCAGGACCUGCCACCUGCUCAUCCUUACUACAGCACUUAUAUCAACAUCACCCUGGAAACCAUCCUGGCGUCGGGAAUUCGGCAGCAGGCUGUGAUGUGGCUGCCGGACGCAGAGCGGCAGCUGGUCAGACAGAUUGCACCGGGUUUCCAGCAGACUUCUGGCCUCAAGCUGGACGCGCAGCGCAUGAAAGAGAAAGGAAUCGUGAAACUUAACCUGCGUUACACCAAGGUCACGAAUGAGGAUGUCAGGGACUAUGCCACGGCAAACCUGAGCGUGAAUCUCUAUACUGUGAAUGAGCCCUGGCUGUACUCCAUCCUGUGGUGCGCUGGCGUCCAGUCGGUCACCUCCGACAGCUCCCACGUCCUUCGCAAGGUGCCUUCUCCCAUCUGGCUAAUGCCUCCAGACGAGUACCGUCUAAUCUGGAUCACAUCUGAUCUCAUUUCAUUUAUCGUAAUUGUAGGAGUUUUUAUAUUCCAGAACUAUCACAUGAUCAGGUGGCGCCUAGGAAGCAUCAGGACGUACAACCCGGAGCAGAUCAUGCUCAGCGCUGCUGUGCGCCGAUCCAGCAGGGACGUCAAGAUUAUGAAGGAAAAGUUGAUCUUCUCAGAGAUCAACAACGGCGUGGAGAACACGGACGAGCUGUCGCUCUGCUCCGAGAACGGCUACUCCAACGAGAUGGUGACCCCCACGGAUCAUCGGGACACCAAGCUGCGGAUGAAGUGAGGAGCUCGGACCCAACGCCACAGCAUGGCCAGCUCCCCACUUUCCCUUCGGCAGUGAGAGCCGUGCUCUCCUGCCUGCUCCGAGACGGGAACCUUUGAGGAACUGCUGGUCGGGCAGACACCCCUUCCCGUUCUCCCAUCGGUGGCCGCUCCACCUCCCUGGUUGUGAGGUCGAGGGGCUUUUUUGUAUAUAUGUAGAAAGUCCAGAUUUUUUUGUCGUCUUUGUUUCUUUUUUUGGAGUGUACCUGUUUUUCAAGGGCAUGAAUGGAAAUACCUUGUUCAUUAAAUCAUUUACCUUAUGGCUGAAGUUAUUUGCAUCGUGAUGUGACAGCCUGAGUCCCCUUGGGGAGGCCGGGGAAAGCAGGUGGGACGCGGCUCCCCUUUCUCUUCCCACUCAGCUCCAAUCCUUUCCUCGGCGCAAUGACUGCGUAGCUGAACUCUGUUUAAAACGUACCUUGUGAAGUUCUUGUGAAGUGUCAUUUUUAUUCUUUUUUUUAUUAUUUUUUCCCUUCCUGGGCAAUGAAGUUUUAGCUCUGCUUUAACAGGAGGCUGUUUGGAGGAGAGAGCUUUCCUAGGAGAGAAGAUAGCGCUGCUCUUCCCUGCUGAAGUUCAGAGCCGGAGGAGGAAUUGCACUGGCUUGUUUGUUUGGGCACUUUCUCCCUCUCCCUCCCCCUUUCCCAAAAUGAUGCUUUCAGGAGAAUGGCCUUUUUCGAAGCGAAAUGACCUGUCGCAGUCUUAAGGCAAAUGGCUUUAAAUUGGUCUCUGCUGGCGGCAAUGAUUUGGUUUCAAUUUUUUUCUCUCUCUCCCCUGGGUGGGGCUCUAUCGAGAGCCCUGAUGGCUUGCAUAAAGCAAUGUCAUGGGCGCCAACGCCGCUCAGAUAUCUGGCUAAAGUGCCUGCCACUUCAAGUGGCAUUUGCAAUCGCUCCUGGCUUGCCUGUCCUUGCACCCGCUAAGAAGAGAUGGCGCUGCAGUGUGAGCUUCCCCCUUUUGGGCAAGCAGAUACCUGUGGGUAAAGGCUUUGUAAAUAGUUUGGCAGGGGAAACGGCUUGGGAGAAUAAUUGAUUCCUGCAAGGAGACCUUAUCUCCUUGCUUUCAAAGCAGAACCUUCUCGAGGCUGCCUGUUAUUGUCCUCCAAAGGAGCGACAAUCUUGCAGCAGAUGCUGAGGGGCUUGUGAAGUCGAGAGCUCUCAUCAGCAUUUUUCCAAUGCAAGAGGCUAUAAACCAAAAUCCUAGACCAGAAAUUAAAAAAAAAAAAAAAAUCUCAGAAACUAAGAUUACAGUUGCAUUUUUCCCCCUCCCUGCAAGAGCUCGCAGCCAGCCCAAGGGCAGUCUCAGCUCUCUGCUGUUAUCCUUCAAGGCCUCACUGAGAGGAGCCUGUUUUUGGGUCAUGUUGCUGUUCACACGGAGCCGGUUCCCAAGGCAGCUGAAGCCAGCUGAAAGGCUGCCGUUGAUGUGAAUGGGUUUUGGCUCAGUCGCCGCGUCCUUCCGGUGUGGGGUUGCUUCCUUCCUUGCCGCGUCGCGGUUGACACAACGUGCAAUAUGAGAAAUCCCAUUGAUCGUGGGCUUCCUUUGAAGUUUGAUGUGCGCUGCCUUGAAAACGGGAGUACGAGAGUAGUUUCCUGUGGAAGGAGCGGGGCUUCGAGCGCCAGCUGGGCCAGGGCUUCUCUGCAAAGCCUGCCUGGUAACUGUAAGAAGUGACCUCGCAGAAGCGAGGGGUGUUUUUGGGGUGCUGGUGUGCAUCACGUUAGACACCAAAUGUAGGCUUGGUAUAGCCAGAAGCAAGCUGAUGCAAGUUCUUAUCACAGCAGCACUAAAAUGCUAAUCUUUUAACUGUAAUCCGGUAGUUUUUUGGCCAGCUUUGCUGUGUACGAGAUACGAAAUGAAGCAAAAUGUGAAAGCGACAGAAGAAAAACGCUCCUGCUAAUAAUGGAAGCAAGUCAUUAAACCUUAAUUGUGAUGCUUUAAUGUGCACUCCCUAAGCAGUGCAAAUCAGGACUUUAAAUCAUUUGCAUCUGCCCUGGGUUUUUUAUGAAUGUAGGUGGAGUAAGGCCCCUGUCCAUGCUCCCUCUUGCCUACCCCAAUGCGCUAUCCUUUCGCAUAAUACUCAAGCCUAAUUAAAAAAGGUGUGUGUGUGUGUGUGUGUGGUUUUUUUUUUUAAUCCUGCAGAACUGCCAGAUUUUGGUGGAAUUGAAGGCCUUUGAGAACAUGUUGCUUCUCCCUUAAACGUGGUGCUGUAUUGAAACAUUCCCGGCAGAUUGUCGUUGUCAAGUGAGAGACAUUGUUAAAUCUUGGCAUCUGUUGAUAAUCACCUGCAUGUUCUGUUUUUAUCCUUGAAGAUGGUUUUGUUGAAAGGUCAAGUGCUUAAAAGCUUGGAAGUGUUAAAAGUAAUGCAAUGAAGAGUUGUUGGGGUUUUUUUUGUUUUUGUUUUUUUUAAUAACAAGUCCCAAACCUUAUGCAUAAUGCACUGACUGUUACUGUUAUUCUCCUGAAGAUUUGCUACCUUUUUUAAAAAAAAAAAAAAGGAUGAGACUUUUUUGAUGAAAAUAGAGCUAGACCAAAAUAAACUUUGCAAUGCUCUGUGAAAUAAACUGUCAGUAUUCCCCUGCC